AUGCCCCAGUUAGAUUUUUUAAUUUUUUUUAAUGAAAUGUGUUAUACUUUAGUAGCAUUUAUUAUGUACUAUAUUUGGUUAUAUCGAAGUGUUAUCGUUAAAUUAGCGUAUAAUUUAAAAUUUCGAUAUAAACUAAGUCGAGCAAUCAAAAAUGAUGACAACAACAAUCCAGAUUCAAAAUUACCAAUGGGACAAGUCUUUUUUAAAAAUUUAGACUUUAUAACAAAAUAUAAACAAUAUAACGUUUAUAGAAACGCAUCGUUAAUCAAUAACAUUAAUUUAGCAAUAAAACAACAUUUUACAAAUAAUGGGAAAUAA